UCUGCGGAUUUCCUGUUCCGCAAAAAGACCCUUUUGUAUGUCAAAGUCCACGUAGUCAGACCCACAAGUCUAGUCUUAGACAUUCAGUAUUCAGCUUCAUCAUGGCUGGUCACCUGCUGUUAGUCGUCCUCUUGUGUUCCUUUUCUGAGAUGAGAGCACAAGCUCUUCUUCCACCUAAACUGACAGUGAAUCCACCGAUGAUCACAGAGACAGACUCAGUCACACUGAACUGUCAGACUCCAUCAUCUGUUUCUGUGUCUGAGUGUUAUUUUCGCUUUGUUAGAGGAGGACCUGGUAAAAGCUUCCCUUGUCUGCAGAUACUGACAGGAAAUGAGCUGCUGAAGAUGUCACAUCAGAGUUCACCUGCUGAGGUUAAAGUGACAUGUUUUUACCUUAAAGUGCAUCAAUCUCCUGACAGUGACGUGUCCUCCAUCACCAUUCGAAUAUCUACUCCACCUGAACUGACAGUGAAUCCACCGGUGAUCACAGAGACAGACUCAGUCACAUUGAACUGUCAGACUCCAUCAUCUGUUUCUGUGUCUCAGUGUUAUUUCUACACUUUAAGUAGAGGAAAUAUCAGAGGCUCCUCUUGUCUGCAGACUCUGACAGGAACUGAGCUGCUGAAGAUGUCACAUCAGAGUUCACCUGCUGAGGUUAAAGUAAUUUGUUAUUACACUUUAAAGCUUGGAGAGGAAGUUUCUCCAUCUCCACACAGUGACACAUCCUCCAUCACCAUACACAGUCAAACACCAAAAAUGAGUCUUCAACGUUUUCCUGGUGAACACGUUCUCUUUACUUGCUCUCUGCCUGGAUCUGCUAAUCAUGAUACGAAAUGUAACCUGUACUUUGGAGAAUCAAGACGUCCAGUUCGAACAGCAACCAUCAUGGAGAAAAGAUCCUCAAAGAAUCAGUGGAUCUGCCAGUUUAUUGUCACAAUCGAAGAUUUGUUGGGACAUCUACGUUCAGUUCAACAAAGCGAUGCCAGCUGUGAUUACACUUUGAGAAGUGAACCCAACUCUUUGUCUCCUCGUAGUGAUGGAUACAGCUUGACUGAUAUCAUGGAAAAGGAGUCACAUGUGACACAGACUAUGACGACAUCUAUUGUUACUACAGCAUUGACAGUUAGCACCGCUCAUACUUCCACUCCUGUAACUCCUGCAACACAAACAUCAGAUACAGAUAUGACCUCUAUGAAUCCUGGUGAUAAUGAUGAAACAAGAGGUUCAAGUGUUAGUACACCGGGCACCAAAGGAACAGCAACCUCUCGUGAUACAGCUUCAGCAGGAAAGAGGAUAUGGACCCUUGCAGCACUUGCGACUGGUUGUGGAGUAACUCUGGGCAUCAUCUUGAUGGUUUCUGCAAUUGGUUGUAACAGAAGAAGAAGUGUUUCAGGUUCUGAGGAAGUGGACAAACAGGAACCUGAAAAUGAGACUUCUGACACAUACCAUUUGUACUCCACCAUCUCUGAGGAGCCAACUGGAUUUGCCCUGAAGGACAUGGUGUACAGCACCGUGCAGACACACUGAAACACAGUGGGAGGUGGUCCACGCCAGGGAGGCCUUCAAACUGUUUCAGGUUCCAGUGAAUGGAUAUGAACAAAAUAUUACAUCGAGAUUCAAUUCAAUUCAUUUACAUAGUGCCAUAUCAUAACAAAAGUUAUCUCAUGACACUUUUCAUCCAAAGCAGGUUUAGACUGUACUCUUUAUAAUAUUAUUUACAGAGGCCGAGCAAACACUUAGCGACAGUGGCAAGGAAAAACUUCCUUUUAACAGGCAGAAACCUCGGGCAGACCAAGGCUUAUUGGUAGACAGUCAUCCACCACGACCAGUUAAGUUAAAGACAGAGAGGGGGGGCGUCGUGCAGGACCACAGCAGCAGCCACGAUCCAUGAGAACCUCCCGGAUGAGAGAGCACAGAAACUCCAGGGAAGAAGUUUAGUUAGUAACAUGUGAGUUGAUUUAAAUUUAGAGAUCCAGCAGUUUUGGGGGAAUUUUAAUGUUUUUCCUGCUUUCCCAGAGUCAGAACCUCAUAUAGGAAGGGAAAGACCUUUUUGUAUUUGGUCUGUUUGUAUAUCAGUCCCUAAUUUCAGCUUCCUCAAUUCACAAUCUGUCAGGUCAAGCACAGAAUGUCCAGUAUUGCAAAUAUUGAGUUUGUUUUUAAAUCUGUGCAUAUCAACAUAAUGUAUGUGAGCUGUUUCAAUUUGUCUUUUAGGUAAGAACUGCACUAAAUACAAAGUGCAUAUAUAUGUAUCUUAUCAUAAGAUUCUGUUUGGCUUCAAUCGUUGUAAAUGAUUAAAUUAGUACAAAAAUUCUAAA